AUGCGACUCCUCCUCUUUGCCCUCCGGAGCCAAGCCGGUUCGGUUCCCUCCGCCUCCCGCCGCCACGGUCGCCAUCCGUCGAUUUCCUCUCUGGCGCUGUUCCCGCUGAUUCCUCACUUCGGCGACCCGUCGUUCAUGAAAGAAGAAUUAGAAUCGGCAGAAAGAAAUAAGGAUCAAUUAAUCCCAAAAAUGGGGAUCACCACUACCAAUCAACCUCAUUACUUAAUAGCAUUCCUCCUCUUCUUCUCUGUUCUCCUCUCCGCCACCGCAGACGUCGUCACCAAUGCCACUCUGGAGGAGAAGUAUCGGAAAGCCGCCGCCGAAGCCUACGAGGAUUCCAUGAAAGCCUACAACCCUAAUCCCCUAGGCGUCGCGGACGACUUCACCAGUCUCGUCAAAAAAUCUUUGAAGCAUAAGAACUCCUCGAGGAGGCAUCUAGAAGAAGAUGAAGACGACGGGUGCAUGGCGACGAACCCGAUCGACCGUUGCUGGCGGUGUGACCCGAACUGGGCCAAGAACCGUAAACGGCUAGCGGAAUGCGCCCGCGGGUUCGGGCACGAGACAACCGGCGGGAAAGAAGGUCGGUACUACGUGGUAUCUGACCCGUCGGAUGACGUCAUGGACAACCCUUUGCCGGGUACUCUAAGGCAUGCCGUGAUCCAAACCGAGCCGCUCUGGAUCAUCUUCGAGCACAGCAUGGUCAUCCAGCUGAAGCAGGAGCUGAUGAUGACGAGCGACAAGACCAUCGACGGCCGCGGCAAGCAAGUCCACAUCGCCUACGGCGCCGGAAUCACGAUCCAGUUCGUCCACAACGUCAUCAUCCACAACAUAUGGAUCCACAACAUAAUCCCCAAGUCGGGCGGGAUGAUCCGCGACGCAUUGGCCCAUAUCGGCCUGCGCACCAGGAGCGACGGCGACGCCAUCUCCGUCUACGGCUCCAGCCGUGUUUGGAUCGACCACGUGUCGCUCUCCAAGGGCACCGACGGCCUCAUCGACGUCAUCGAGGGCUCCACCGCCGUCACCAUCUCCAAUUGCAAGUUCAACAACCAUAACGACGUCAUGCUUUUGGGGGCCCACGACGACAGCGAGAAGGACUCGAUCAUGCAAGUCACCGUCGCGUUUAAUAGGUUCGGCAAAGGGCUUAUCCAGAGGAUGCCGAGGGUACGGUGGGGAUUCGCCCACGUCGUCAAUAAUGAUUACUCCCACUGGGAACUCUACGCCAUCGGCGGUAGCUCUCACCCCACCAUUAUCAGCCAGGGCAAUCGAUUUAGGGCAUCCAAUAACCCUUACACCAAGCAGGUGACGAAGAGGGACUACGCGUCGGAGAGCGAGUGGAGGAACUGGCAAUGGAGGUCGGAAGGGGACAUGUUCAAGAACGGAGCUUACUUCCUGGAGUCAGGGCCGCCGCUGGUGCACGAGAACAGUCAGUUGACGGCGGAGAAUAUGGUGAAGUUCAAGCCUGGUUCGUACGCCGGCAGGCUCACGAGAUCCGCCGGAGCUCUGAAGUGCCGUCCGGGGAAAUACUGUUAA